UGUAAUAUUACUAUGCUGCUGGGCAGCACUGUUCUCUUUCUGCAAAAUCCCAAUGUAUGAUUUCAGUAUCUUCCCUUUAUAUUAAAGAUAAUGAUAUGUAGAUGACCUUGUAAUCAGAGGCUGUAUUUAAAUAGCAGACAAUGAGCAUGCAGUGGCAGUGUUGGUCUUUUUAUCUAGCUCAUUUUUUUAUGUAUGUAAUACGGUUUUUACCAAAUAUAUGGUUCUAAAAAUAAUAUAUAAAUGAUUGUUUGUUAGUUUGGAUAACAAUAAAUGAUAUUUGCCAUUUUCUCUUGAUGAAUCACACUACACAUGUUAUGUUUCCGCCUGACCGUGACGUUUAACUUUUAUUUUGAAAUCCUUGUAGCGGAUGUUGUUGUCAUCUGACUGGCAGCACUUCCGCGUCGCGCAUUUCACUCUUCCAAGAUUUCAUCCGCAAUUUAUCUUCUUAUUCAUUUAAAACAAGCUCAAAUAUUUCAUGUGGAGGUAACACGGAGAUAAAUGAAAUGUCUGCGAAGCCAACAUGUCUGAUAGUGGCGAGUGCUUCUCCUCAAGGGGUGUCGGCAAAGUCUUUCCAUCAGUCCUUCACUCUUUGUAGCUCAGCGUUUAACCUCCAGACAGCCACACCCGGGGGGAAGCCUAUAGAAUUUGUUGGAGUGGAUGAAAGCACUGCCAGAUGGGUGCAGGACUUCAAUGUGAAACCCUACGCAACACCAGCCAAACUUGAAUCUAUAGAUGGUGCUCGAUACCAAGCGCUGCUGAUCCCGGACUGCCCUGGAGCGCUGAACGACCUGGCGCACAGUGGCUCUCUACACCGAAUCCUCACACAUUUCAUCUCUCAUCAAAAGCCUGUGUGUGCAGUCGGACAAGGAGUGUCGGCACUGUGUUGUGCCACUGAGGGCCAGAAUUGGAUCUUCAGCGGCUACAGUUUAACGGGGCCAUCUGUGUUUGAACUGGUGCGGAGGCCAGAUUUCGCCAACUUGCCCUUGAUUGUGGAAGACUUUGUGAAGGAUAGUGGAGGAUCCUACACAGCAAGUCAAGAAGAUGCUCUGCACGUAGUCAUCGACAGACACCUGAUAACUGGACAGAACAUGCAGUCGACCUCACUUGCUGUAAAUAAUCUAAUCCUGCUCUUUAGUGCCAAAUAAUAAAAAGAAAAAAGGUUUACAGCA